CACACACACACCCACCCACCAUUGCUUUCUAUAUAAAUUUUCGGUUCCCCCUUACUCUCUGCGAUUUACCCCCACCAAGUACUAGAAAGAAUGUGGAAGUUGAAGAUAGCAGCAGGAGUUGGUGAAGAAUGGCUGACAACCACCAACAACCAUGUCGGCCGUCAACACUGGGAGUUCGAUCCUGAUGCAGGAAAUAAAGAGGAACGAGCCGAGAUCGAGAAGAUUCGUAUUAACUUCAAACUUAAUCGGUUUAAGUUCAAACAAAGUGCGGAUUUGCUAAUGCGUAUGCAGUUAAGAAAGGAGAACCAAGUUAAAGAAAUACCGAACCCCAUAAUAUUGAAAGAAACAGACGAAGUGACAAAUGAAGCAGUCACAACUACACUCCGAAGAGCCAUUAGCUUCUAUUCCACUAUCCAGGCCCAUGAUGGCCACUGGCCUGCUGAAUCUGCUGGCCCUUUGUUUUUCCUUCCUCCACUGGUGAUAGCACUAUAUGUUACAGGAGCCAUGAAUGAAAUUCUAACACCUGCACAUCAACUAGAAAUCAAACGCUACAUAUAUAACCAUCAGAAUGAAGAUGGAGGUUGGGGACUACAUAUUGAGGGUCACAGCACAAUGUUUGGAUCAGUACUAAGUUACAUUACCUUGAGAUUGCUCGGGGAAGAAGCCGAUAGUUGUGCUGAGGACAAGGCAGUUGUUAAAGGUCGUAAGUGGAUCGUUGACCACGGUGGUGCAGUUGGGAUUCCUUCAUGGGGAAAGUUUUGGCUUACCGUACUUGGUGUAUACGAGUGGUCAGGCUGUAAUCCUAUGCCACCUGAAUUUUGGCUCCUCCCUAAUUUUUUCCCUAUUCAUCCAGGAAAAAUGUUGUGUUAUUGUCGCUUAGUUUAUAUGCCAAUGUCAUACUUAUAUGGAAAAAGAUUUGUGGGAAGAAUAACCGGAUUGGUUAACGCACUAAGGCAAGAGAUUUAUACCGACGCGUAUCAGGAUAUUAAUUGGAGUAUAGCACGAAAUACUUGUGCAAAGGAAGAUCUCUACUAUCCACAUCCUCUUGUUCAGGAUAUGGUAUGGGCCAUACUUCAUAAUGUUGCUGAACCUAUUUUAGCAUGUUGGCCUUUUUCAAAAUUACGAGAAAAGGCCUUAAAAGUUGCAAUGGAGCAUGUUCACUAUGAAGAUCGGAGUAGUAGAUAUCUCUGCAUUGGAUGUGUAGAAAAGGUUUUAUGUUUGAUUGCAACCUGGGUGGAAGAUCCAAAUGGGGACGCGUAUAAGCGUCAUCUUGCACGACUACCUGACUAUUUUUGGGUUGCUGAAGAUGGAAUGAAAAUGCAGAGUUUUGGCUGUCAAAUGUGGGAUGCGGCCUUUGCUGUUCAGGCGAUUAUGUCAAGUAAUCUAACAGAAGAAUUUGGACCAACUCUUAAGAAAGCACAUGACUUUGUAAAAUCCUCACAGGUUCGCAAUAAUCCCCCUGGGGAUUUCAGUAAAAUGUACAGACACACUUCUAAAGGUGCAUGGACGUUUUCAAUUCAAGACCACGGCUGGCAAGUCUCAGAUUGUACAGCGGAAGGCUUGAAGGUUGCCCUUUUAUAUUCCCAAAUGAACCAAGAACUUGUUGGUGAAAAACUUGAAAUUGAGCAUCUCUAUGAAGCUGUCAAUGUUAUUCUUUCAUUACAAAGUGAAAAUGGCGGUUUUCCGGCCUGGGAACCACAAAGGGCAUAUUCUUGGCUGGAGAAGUUCAAUCCAACCGAGUUUUUUGAAGAUGUGAUGAUAGAACGAGAGUAUGUGGAAUGCACAUCAUCUGCCGUCCAAGGUUUGGCGCUCUUCAAGAAGUUUCACCCUGGACAUAGGAUUAAGGAGAUCGAACAUUGCAUUUCAAGAGCUCUGAAGUACAUUCAUGACACACAAAACCCUGACGGUUCAUGGUAUGGUUGCUGGGGAAUAUGUUACACGUAUGGUACAUGGUUCGCAGUAGAUGCAUUAGUAGCUUGUGGUAUGAACUAUGGUAAUAGUCCUGCCCUUCAAAAAGCUUGUGAAUUUCUGCUAUCGAAACAACUUUCUGAUGGUGGAUGGGGAGAGAGUUAUCUUUCGAGCGCAAAUAAGGAAUAUACAAAUUUGGAUGGAAAUCGGUCAAAUUUAGUACAAACAUCAUGGGCUUUAAUCUCACUUAUAAAAGCGGGACAGGCUAAAAUUGAUCUUACACCGAUAAAACGUGGAAUCCGGCUCCUCAUAAAUUCACAAACGGAUGAAGGAGACUUCCCUCAGCAGGAAAUCACAGGAGUUUUCAUGAAGAAUUGUACCCUCAAUUACUCAUCAUUCCGAAAUAUAUUCCCUAUAUGGGCUCUUGGGGAAUACUAUCGUAAUGUUCACUGUGCAUGAAACUCUUUAUAUCAGCAUGUUUUCUUUUUAUUAUCAAUGAUCUUGUAUCUAAUAGCACUUAGUUAAUUGUACAACAGAAAUGUAAACAGAGGAGAUCAAUUGCAACAUGUAAAAGCACUACUGAACCUAUGUGUUACCUUUUAUAAA